AACAGUUGGUAGUGUAAAAUUUGUUUAUACAGGUGGAUAUUUUCAUACUGCAGUUCAGAUUAGUAGCAGGUGUAUCCAUGGAGCUUGAACCUAGGGGCUGUAUCUUUCAGGUUACAUUCCAUGACCUUGACAGCUACAGCGUCUAUUGCCACCUUUAUUGAACAAAAAGUUUUCAAGUAAACGGAUUUAAAAACGUAACUACUUCAACAUUAAAACUUUAUAUAAGAAUGUAAUGCAGGGUUCAAACUGAGGUUGUGUUUCCUUUGGCUUCUGUUCUACUGCAUUGCAUACGCAAACGGUAGUGGUUUUUUUUAAAUGAAUAAAUUCGUCACAAAAAUAAAACCGGGUCACUAGGAAAAUCACAAUAUAAAUGUGUAAGUGCCCGUGCAAUGUUGCCUUGCGGUUAAUUUCACAGCUCGCAGGAAUCACCCUCUCGCGCCAGCAAAAAGCGCAUGCACGAGCGACCCGAACAGGCUAGUAUGUAUCACUCCGCACUCACGAACCUAUUUAUGUAAAAUAUGCAGUUUCAACAUUUUAAAUUAAUACUGACAUUGGCGCGAGAAUGAAAAUGGACACAUUAGACACUUUUUAAAAAAUUUAUAAAGACAGCGACACGCGGGCACAGACAACUGGGCGAAGGAGCCUUCUACAUUAAAUUCACGCAGUAAAAAGCAGAUGUGCACAUCCGCGCAGGAUACGGGGACUUUUGUUGGAGUGAAAAAUUGGGCGCCGAAUCGGCGGCGUCGCGAGAAAUCGCCCCCGGUGCCUCUUUCGCCGUUAGCGGCCUCGCACACUACACACCGGUGCGCCGAAUCGGCAAGAUGUCCCUGGUGGAUUUGGGCAAGAAGUUGCUGGAAGCAGCUCGAUCAGGGCAAGACGAUGAGGUCCGGGUUCUGAUGUCCAAUGGAGCACCGUUCACCACAGACUGGCUCGGCACAUCGCCACUCCACCUGUCGGCUCAGUAUGGACACUACUCCACCACGGAGGUACUGCUCAGGGCUGGCGUGAGUCGAGAUGCAAGGACUAAGGUGGACCGCACCCCACUGCACAUGGCAGCCUCUGAGGGUCACCCACGCAUUGUGGAAGUCCUGCUAAAGCACGGUGCUGAUGUAAAUGCCAAAGACAUGCUGAAAAUGACAGCGCUGCACUGGGCCACAGAGCACGGCCACCGUGAGGUUGUCGAGCUGCUCAUCAAGCACGGCGCCGAUGUUCACGCCCAGAGCAAGUUCGGCAAGACCGCGCUGGACAUUGCCAUCGACAAUGGCCAUGAGGAUUUGGCUGACAUUCUUCAGGUUUCCAUGCAAAACCAAAUAAAUACGAACCCAGAGAGUCCGGACACGCUGACAAUACAUGCAGCAACUCCACAGUUCCUCAUCGGCCCUGGGGGAGUCGUGAACCUUGCAGGGCUGGUGUCUACCGGGAAUGCUGCCAAACCUGCAGAUGAGGGGGCUUUGUCAGCCUUACAGUUCGGUGACUCGUCAACGUCAGUUCUAGCUACAUUAGCUGCUUUAGCUGAAGCGUCCACCCCUUUAUCGAAUACACCCGAAACACAAGCAGUGGUUGCAACAGAAGAGGUGGUGACCACUGACUCUGUGGACGGUGCCAUUCAGCAAGUUGUCAGCUCUGGGGGUCAGCAGGUCAUCACCAUAGUAACAGAUGGCAUCCAGCUGGGCAAUCUACAGACAGCGGGGGGCAUGAACCAGCCAAUCAUCGUGACCAUGCCGGACGGACAGCAAGUGUUAACAGUCCCAGCCACAGACAUGGCGGAGGAAACUGUCAUCAGCGAUGGGCCUCCGGCAAAGCGACAGAGAAUCGAGAUUGUGGAAAGUCACAUAGAACCUCCGGAAAUUGAGGAAACGGAAGCCUUACAGAAGCAGCUGGAGGAGGCCAACAGAGAGGCACAGCGGUACCGUCAGGAGCUGUUGAAGAAGGAGCAGGAGGCAGAGACCUACAGGUUGAAGCUGGAGGCCAUCACGCGCCAACAGGGCAGCAAGAAGGCCACAUGAGCCGUGCUCCCCCACAGGCCCGGAACCAGAGGUCUCCUUUAAAUGGGGGUCAGAGAGAGAUGAACCCCUCCUCCCCCAGUGCUGGAGCAGGGAAGAGCUCGACCCCCCAGGACAGCUGCAGCAGCUGAACGGCGAGCUUGAGAAUCACAAUAUGAGGAGACUGAAAACUUCGAUGGAAUUUCCAAGCACUUUGGUUAAUAUGACUGAAAAUCCUCUUGACACAUUCACUUUUCUCUGUUAAUGUUGUUUUUUUUCCUAUCAAUUUCUUUUGCGUGUGUGUGGUGGUUUUUUUUUUUUUUUCGGUCCCCCCAACUCUGUUGCAAGUUGGUGCUAAAUUGUUCUGUGUUUUAAACACAUUUUAUUUUGGAUUUACUU